AAACUUUUGAACUCUCUCUCUCUAAAAAACAAAAAUCGCUCUCUCUCUCUCUCUCGUUUUGCAGAGUUUACAUAACUGUUCCCAAACUCAGAGGCCAUAAUUUCUUGGGAUUUUCGUUUCUCAGUUCUAAUUAAAAACAGAAUGAACCACGAGUAGAACCGUCAUGGACGGUCCGCAUCCCUCGACGACAGAAAAUGAAUAGCAACAGCAGCAGAGGAGAAGCCAGCGACAGCGGUGGGCGAUUCCACGCGGUGCAACCUCUUCGUGACUUGGAAUCCAACUGGGCCGUUGAUCUCGCCAAGAACCUCGAAGGCUACCUCUUGAAGAUUUGCUCCGGCGAAAUCGACGGCGACCACGAUAACCCCCACUUCUCCGUUAACUUUGCCGAGGCGGCUUUAUUGCUUCAGGGUUCAAUUCAGGUGUACAGUCGAAAGGUUGAAUAUCUUUACUCGCUGGUUUUACAUGCUUUGGAGUUCGUUUCGCAGAAGAGGCAGACCGAUCAACCAGAGGGCGUAUCAGACCGAUCAGAAGAAACUGGUUCUCGUGCAGUUCCUGAUGAAGAAGAUGAUCACUUUUGGGGUUUAGAUGACAUCCCAGUGGAAGCUAAGAAUUCCCUGGAUAGUGCCACAUGCAAAGAUGCUCAACCAAAUAACUUCGUGAAGCCUCCUGCAAAUUUAGUUGUGCUAGAAGGUGAUUGCUUAGAUGCAACUGGUGGUGGCAGUGAACUAGAGUCAUAUCUGUUAGCCACCAAUGAUCUUUACCGGGACUUCAUUCUGUUAGACCCAUGUGAUGCGAUAGCAGUUAACAAUUAUUUAAAGGAUGACAAAGCUGGUAAAUGGCAGAAUGGUUUUGGCAGAGGUAGCUCUCUGACCUCUAAAUCUCGAAGGAGGUUUCAGUCUCCUAUUAGCCGAUCCGAGGGAGCCCACAAGUCGUCAGCUGCAAAGAAACAGGAUGCUAAUCUCAAUCCAUCUCCUCCAGUUGAUCAUGGCUGCGAAUUUAAUGAUCAUAAUAUUGGGGAUGAUCAUCAGGCCUGGAACAUCCCUGAUAACAACAUUGAUGGAUUUGAAAUGGAUGGUGGAGGUUCAGAACCUGGGGACUUUGAUGAUUCAGAUGAUGAAGAUGAUCCGUGGAAGUCGUUGAAUCCCUAUGAACCCGGGAAUCUGAGAGUUAAACCUUUUAAAAAAGUGAAAUCUUUCAAAAGGCAGGGGAUUAAUUCCACUAAACGGAUACCCAUAACAACACAGUUCCCUGUUGCAAAAAUGCAUGGUACCAUUAGUGCAGAGCUAUCUGAAGUAUGGGAAGCACGGCGUUGUGCCUCGGAGAGACAACGAGAAUCCAAAUCACCCUCUUUAUAUGAAAAGUUGAGACAUUCACUUGUUCAUGGAGGGCGUGAAACUUUUGAUGCAUUUUGUGAUCCGAAGGAUGACAACGAAGACAAUGAAUUUGAUAAUGGGGGCCUUGAUUUUGAUCCACCUGAUUUUGACAUGCCAGAAAGUCGAUAUGAGUAUGAAGACGUACCUUUGCAACCUGAAAAGCGUGAUGAUGGAGGUGUUUGCUUUGACAAUAACGAGUUUUUUGGAAAUGAAGGCCCAAGUUCACAAGCCAGCCUAGAAGAUCUUUGUCGAUCUCACCUUGAUGCUCUCCUUGCUAGCAUAGCUGAAACGGAAAAACAGACUGAAUUGGCUGCUCGUGUAUCCACAUGGAAGCAGAGAAUUGAAAAGAACUUGGAAGAGCAAGAUUCACGCCCACCAUUUGAUAUUCACAAAUAUGGUGACAGAGUUUUGGAGAAGCUGUCAGUGGAAGCAGACAUUGCAAAUACCAUGUCAUUUGCUGAUGUUGUUAGGGGCCAAGAAAAACACGAUGUUGCUCGAACCUUUUCUGCUCUUCUGCAACUGGUGAACAAUGGAAAUGUCGACAUACAGAGGGAUGGCACUAGCAAUGACUUCCAAUGUUAUACUGCUGUGAAUCCGUUUCACGUGAAGCUCCUUAGCCAUGACAAGAAACAUGAAGAAGUGCAGCUCCGGUCAUCAAAAAAGAGAGCUAAAUCACCAACAAUGAAAGGAUGCAACAAAGGCGAAAGGGACAAGUCACAGUUGAGUCCCAAGUUCCCACUUAAACUAGGAAAGGUCGGCAGCAUCAGGUGCACACCUGAAGGUAAGAGGAGACGAAGGUCUCGACUGGUUGAACCGGUGGACAUGCAUUCUGCAGGUUGACGUUUGUAAUUCAACAAAUCAUGUUGAAUGGCUCAGCAAUGAUGGAAUACCCGGCCAUUGUAAUUGUGUCAUACAUGUAAUAUGGUGUUCUAUCCUUUAACUUAUCAUUGGACAUACUUGUUAACCCAAGGUUUUGUAAUGAAUACGAAUUUUAAUUUUGAUAUGAAUGUUGAUUUGUAAAUUGAAACAAGCCACUCAAGCUCCAUUUAUGUACGGAUUUACUCGUGAGAUGUACUUGUUAACUGAAGGCUUUGGAAUGAAUACGAAGUCUAAUUUU